AUGAUAAAGCUGGAAGAAGUAUUCACGCUCGAAAUUUUGAUAAAAAUUUUGAGCAAGAUCUUCGUGAAAGGGAACUACUGCAUAACGAAGGAAGACAUCAACACGAAGAACUGCCGAGUUAUGAUUUUCGAGUCCAAGAUGGACAUGCCGAAUUUGAGGAAAAACGGAGAUGAAGAAUUCAUAAACAUGCUCUUCUAUUUCCACAACAAAAAUUAUCUCUUCUUUAUUGUAUACUGUCUGAAUAAGAAAAACAUCGUGUAUUUGAAUUUCUUCAAUCCUUUGUUAAGUGAGAAGGAAAGUAUCGAAUCGAUAAAUCUUUUUUUUAUUAACAACUUUUUCCCUCAUAUUAUUCUGGGCCUGAACAAUGGCAAAGUAUUCCUGUACAAUCAUGAAGGCAUCAUCUGCAUGCAGAAUAAAUUCGUAGACAGUAAGAUAAAAUUCAUUUUUCUCGAGCGACAUAAGGAAUACAUUCUCUUGGUCUACGAGAACAACACGGUCGUGAAUACUAACAUUUAUCUGAUUAAGAGGGCUCUCGAAACUAACUCGAAAGUUUUACCACUGGAUUAUUCCUUCACUGUUAAUAAAAAUAUUACGAUAAAUCAUAUCUUUCUGAGAAACAAUAAUUACUCUCCUGAUGUUUUUAAGAAAGACUUAUAUUCCAUUUACACUAGGGAUGACUUGACUAGGUACAUCACGGAUGCGAUUACUUCACAUCAUCCCCAGUUCAACAGAAUCUCCAAUGCCAAUUAUGUAAUGACAUCUAAGACGACGACCAUUUCGAUACUUUGCCUCAUUCGACAGAAUGGUCCUAAUGAUCUUUUAACAAAGAAGGAAAAUUUUGGAGUAUCAGAAAAGCUUACAUCCAGGAUUAAUAAUUUUUUGAAAAACAUGUUUACGAAGAAAAGUGAGUCAUCAUCUGCUGCGAUGGUAGCGGCGUCCGCUUCUUCAGGAGGGGCGACUUCCCCGCUGGUAGCAGCUUCAGUAGGUUCUGCCUCAACAACGCUGUCACUUCCCCCUCCUAGUGCUGGCUGUUCCUCCGCUGGGGUACAACUCACAGAACACAGUGUCAUCCCACACCACAGCAUGCCAAAUACGUAUGGAAACAUAACAGAUAAUCUGAACACACAAAUUGUGCACUGCUUUAACGAUGCGAAGAGGCAGAUUAUCGAUAUCUGCAUCUGUCCGUGGAAUCAAAACUUAGUACUCGCAUUGGAUAACUUAGGAAGGAUAUGUCUCUUUAACAUUUGCACGCUGAACAUUUUGCAUAUGUGGAAGAGUUACCGAUCAGCGUUUAUGAGUUUUAUUCAGAAGAGGAAAUUGGGCCCACGUCAUUCGGCUAACUUGGCCAAGGGGGGGAGGGGUGCUACUGGCACGAAUGUAACUGGCACGAAUGUAACUGGAACCAACUUCACUGGCCAUGGUGAAAGCGCAGACCAGAUGGACGAUAAGGCAAUUUUGUUCUACCUCAAGCCGAGAAACUUAAUCGAAAUUUGGGACGUCAGGACCUUGCACAAGGUGUAUAGCGUGAGGACGUAUGAAGACCCCCAAUUGUUUAAAAUAUUUUUUGCCGAUCACGACGUUCCUAAUAAAAUUUACUUCUUCAGCACCAAUCAGCAUGUCUUUCUGAUGAACACGAACUUUGAGUUGUUUCAUGUCAAGUGGAUGGCCUAA